CAUCGGAGCGGAUUCACCAGAGUCGCUUCAGAACACCUCUCUCUGUCUCCCAUAUCCACACGCAUACAGGUUAGGAUGAUGUCGCAGCCGGCGGCGAUCCUCGGACCCCAGUACUGCGUUCCCCAGGUGGUGGACAUCGCGAUCGUGAGGAAAGUGAUGUCCUUGGCGGACGGCAGCUUCGUCGUCACCGAUGCCAACGACAACAUCCUGUUCAAGGUCAAAGGGCGCUUCUUCAGCAUCCACGACCGCCGCGUCCUGGUCGAUGCCGCCGGGAAUCCGCUCGUGACCCUGACCGAGAAGAUCAUGAGCGCGCACGAUCGAUGGCAAGCUUUCAGAGGAGACAGCACGGACCAGAAAGAUCUGAUCUUCACGGUGAAGCGCUCUUCGAUGAUCCAGUUGAAGACUAAACUCCAUGUGUUCCUGUCCACCAACACCACCAACGAGCACGUCUGCGAUUUCAGGAUCGAAGGAAGCUGGCUCGAACGAUCCUGCGUCGUUUACGCCGGAGAAUCCAACAACGUCGUUGCCCAGAUGCACAAGAAGCACUCGGUCCAGAGUGUCUUGCUCGGGAAGGACAAGUUCAUGGUGACGGUGUACCCGAAUGUCGACUACGCAUUCAUCGCCGCGAUCAUCGUGAUUCUGGACGGAAUCAACAAGGACGACAGCGGGGACUGAUCCAAAGCCCUCGGCCUUUUUUUCGAGGUAGCAUCGUAUGGUGUGGGUAUGGUGUGCGCGCGCGCGAGUGCUCAUAAUGGAACGUUCGAGACUUAGCCGGAAUCCGAUCUCGUGAUCAUGUCAUUUCGAUCACAAAAUAAUCGGAGAUCUGCGAGCUGUAGAAUGCAUUGGUAAUGAAUAAUUGUUUGGGCGUGUGUGACCAUGAUCGUGUCAAAAUGAAUAUCAAUUGAGAAAUGUUCAGAAAUUUAAAUGCGA